UACUUUGACAUGCCAAGUCAACUAGUAGCUUUUGAUUAUGCAAACUAAUAGAAAAUUAACUUCACAUAUCCACGCAUUAAGAUCCCAAUAUUUUCUAACUCCCAAAUCACUACAUUUAUAAGACACAAAACGAAACUUGCAAUCAAACUUCAAUGGACAAUUAUUUUUGACACCUUUAAGAGUAAAUUUCAAGGUCCUAUAAAUAACCCAUUUUCACCUCUAAUCAUCUCCACAAGCACACCUGAAAAAACAAGAUAAACAUUUUUUUUUUCCUCAAUAGUUUUAGUCAUGGCAAAGAAGCCAAGCAUGGGUCGCCAAAAGAUCAAGAUCGCGAAAAUAGAGAUUAAAAACCACUUACAAGUCACCUUCUCAAAACGGCGUUCUGGCCUCUUCAAAAAGGCGAGUGAGCUCUGCACGCUUUGUGGUGUUGAAAUAUCUAUCAUAGUUUUCUCUCCGGCCGGGAAAGUAUUUUCUUUUGGUCACCCUAACGUGGACUCAAUUGUCGACCAAUUCCUUAGUCGAAACCCUCCACCAAACACCACCACACGCCACCUCAUUGAUGCACACCGGAACGCUAGUGUGCGAGAUCUCAAUUCACAACUAACUCAAGUUCUCAACGAGUUAGAGGCCGAGAAAAAAAGGGGUGAAACCCUAGAUCACAUGAGAAAAUUAGCUAGCCAAAGGAAGUAUUGGUGGGAAAAACCUAUAGAUGAGCUGGGGUUGAAUGAGCUUGAGCAACUUAGGGAUUCAAUGGAGGUGCUCAAGAAAAACGUGACGAAUCAAACCGAUAAGCUUUUCGUGGAGGGUAAUGUAAAUCCUUCACCAUUUUUCUCAGCGAACGGUAUCGGAAUGGUUGAUUCGGUUGAGAUCAAACCCUAUCAGAUGAAUGCUUCUUCAGCCCCUCCUCAUGUCCAAAAUAUUGGUUAUGGCCACGGAUUUUUCUGAGUUUUCCAUGUCCAAUUUAGUGGUGGUAUCAAAGCUAGUAACUCACUAGCCCACUAGCCUUAAUUGUCUUCAUUUAUCCACCUUUUUUUUACCCAUCAUGAGUACUAAUGCAGCUGAUUAAUAAUUUCUUGGUUCAAUUAAUAAUGUACAUUAACUAAAAAUGGAUGUGUCUGUCGGUUAAGAUUUCAU